UUUUGAAGGACUUCCGGAAAACAGAAGGAAACAAAACAGUGAUGAAUUAAGCGUAUUUUUUCAAGAAAUCGGGUGUUUUAGAGCAUUUAUUACCACGCUUUAUCUUCCACCAAAAUGAAUCCCAACAGCAGCACGCCACGGGAUGAGAAACAGCCCACCCUGUUACCUAAGAAAGUUCAGCUGAGCCCUGUUCAAUCUCAAGUGCCCAUCUUGCAACCCAUUCAGCCCAUGCCAGCCAUGCAGCCCAACAGACCUGGACCUUUCUUGAUGCAGCAGCCUGUGUUAAUGAACCAGCCAACUGUGAGUGGGCAAACAUUCUUCAGCCAACGACCGAGGAUGGCCGCCCAGAUUUCAAACCCUCCCCAAGCAAUCCAGUUAGCAAACCAAGGCCCAUUUGUGCAAUACAGUGCCCCACACCAGCCCCUUCAAAUUGGUCAUCAGCCAAUGCCAAUCGCGAUGAGUAUGGCCAACCAGACCAUUUCAGUUGCUAAUCAGAGCCAGCAUUUCCAGCUUGCUCCGUUCCCACGACAAACUGUUACUCCAGUGUUUUCAAUGAACAAUGCCCCUCAAGUGUAUUCUGUUGGUAACCUUCAAGUUUCAUCGUAUCAGAGUCUUUCUCCAAGUAUCCAGAUGAGGAAUCCACUUCAAGGGAUACAACUUCGAAGCUUUGCUCAGCCUCUGCCUCAAUCUCCAUCAAAAACUCCCCCACCUCCCCAGCCAGCUAUACCCAAGUCCCCAGGACACAGUUCUGGCCAGUUGCUCAUUGCUCCUAAGGUUAAUCCUUUACCUAAAGCAGCACCUAAAGUGAAUAUUCCUCCUAAGGUGAACCUUCCAAGAGCUCCAACAUCACAGCUACAGCCUAUACAGGUUUUGGGAAACAAGGUUGCCAUACCUAGACACGGAUUAGCACAGUGUACCACUACUCAGUACCCGAUUUUCCAGCAAAGUACAUCUGUUCCCAUUAUGGUUUCGACAGAAUCUCUUCAAAGCAUGUCAUUUUCAGCAAACCCACAAUUUAGCUUCCGAACUCAGAUACAGUCUCAGAUUCAACCAGACAUAAAAUCGCCACAAUUUGGGAAAAAUGAUCCCCUGCCAAGCCCGGGAAUGGCCUUUAAUUCUUUCCCAAAUUGUGGACAGAUGGGCUUACAGCCAGGUUUGGCCCCUGGGACAUACAUGCCUAUGAACAUAGCUCCAGGUCUGAGCCCAGUAAGCCCUAUUGCAAACUUAGGCUCCCCAUUUAUACCUAGGCCACCAGUUCAACUGCAGCUUAGUGCCGCUUUACCUCCCAAGCAAGUGAUGCUAGAAAGCGCUGCAAGAAAAUCACCAGAAUUGCAGAAAGAAACUGACGCAGCUACUGAGGAGUCGAUGGAUAUUACGUCAGAAAAAGCAGAGACCAACGAAGAAAUAAUCGAUGAAGUAUAUGCAGUCUUAAACCAAGUUUUUGGCAACAUUUCUGAACAGGAGAGUGGUCCUGCUGACAAGGAAAAAGACAUUAUAGAAGAUGGUGAAUUACAAAAUUCUGAUGAUAAACCAGAUGAAAUUGAAAUGGAUGGUAAAGAUGGUAAAGAUGAACAAUUAGAAUUAGACAGUGAUGUUAAACAUGUUAAACGUGACUUUGUCAAAUUUCCUGGAAAGGUUUAUAGUAAAAGAAAAGUUGUUGAAAGCUAUUGCGAUUAUGAAUCCCCUCAGAAUGUGGAAAACUUUCAUGAACUUGUGUUGAAACUUAGACAGAAGAAGAAGGCAGAUGUUGAAGUUGAAACAGCAACUAGAGAUGCUAGUGCAAUUGAGAAAGAUGUUGCCUCAAAAAGUAAGACAAAGGUUAAUGAGGGGAUGAAAAAAGAAAACAGGAGAAUGGAAAUAAAAAUGCCUGAAUUUACUGCUAAAGAUGUAAGCCAUGAUGGAAAAAAAUUGGAUAAAGACGAAACGGAACAUAAAGUUGAAGAACAUGAAGGUGAGGAAGAUGAACCACAGUUUAUCUGGGAGGAAUAUCUACGACAGGUCGGGGCUGAGGCAGUGCCGUCUUCAGCAUUUAAACACGUGGAGCACAGCCUUGAGAGUGGCUUUGUGAAGGGCAUGAAACUAGAGGUCAAGGUAAAAAGUAACAGCAACAGUAGCAGUAGCUCAGACAAUGAGACUGACAGUUAUUGGGUUGCCACGGUGAUGAUGACAUGUGGUCCUCUGCUCAGGCUUCGAUAUGAUGGGUACAAGGAAGAGGGGGCUGGAGAGUUUUGGUGCGAUCUUGCGACUACUGAAGUCCAUCCCAUUGGCUGGUGUGCUGCCAAUCAGCAGAAUCUCCAGCCACCAGAGGAGAUCCGAGACAGCGUGGAAGACUGGCAUGAAUAUUUGAAGGAGGUAUUGACUGGAGCAAGGACCGCUCCACCCUAUCUUCUAGAAAAGGGAGGCAGUAGCAGUCCCAUAGACCAACUCAAGUGUAGUAUGAGACUUGAAAUGCAGGAUGAGUUGAACCCUCUGGAAGUCUGGCUGGUACAGAUUCUAGAGAAUGUUGGGGGCCGCCUCUAUCUGAGGCUGGAGGGGACCAAUUUGGCUUCCAAACAUUUCUGGAUGUUUUACCUGGACAUGAGGCUUCACCCUCUAGGCUGGGCCACAGAAAAUGGAUGUACUUACAAGCCACCGGCUGAUGUGCGUGAUGAGAAAACUGAUGAAGAAUGGACGGAGAUUCUUCAGACGGCCAUGUCGGAAAGUGAGAAUGACCUUACACCUGCAGGCGUGUUUAAGGACCAACUUGAGCCUAAGACACAUCAAUUUCAACCAGGAAUGAGGCUAGAAGCCCUAGUACCAGGGGCUAAUUACAUCUCUCCAGCAACCGUAACCAAGGUGAUCAACGACAAGUACUUCCUCAUUGAGAUUGACGACAUACGCCCUCCUGGGGAAAGAGAGAGCGUCCAGAUCUGCUGUCAUUCGGAAUACCUCGGCAUUUUUCCUGUGUCCUGGUGUCUAUGCAAGGGGAUUAAGCUCAUGCCUCCUGCUGGAUGGUCCAAUGGAGACUUUGUGUGGGGAGAGUAUUUGUCUAGACGUGGUGCAAAGGCCGCCCCUGAAAAACUAUUCAAUUCAGGGACAGAUGAUCACGAAUAUGAACGAGGCAUGAAAUUGGAGGCUGUUAAUCCCACAAACCCUAAUCAGAUCUGCGCAGCAACCAUCACCAAAAUCGUCGACCCCCUAUUAUGGGUUCACCUUGACCAUCAACGUGAUAUUCCCAGCCAUAUUCAGGAUAUCGACUCGCAUAAUUUGUUUCCUGUUGGUUGGUGUGAAAGCAACCAGUACGACCUUAAGCCACCUGUGAAGGCUAAGCGCUGGCACAGAAGACAUUCUGAUAUCAAAACUGAGGAGGUUUACAGAGCUGUAGCAUCAGAGAGAGGGGAUAAAGUCCAGGCCAGUUGUACAUGGUGCCCACGUAUCUACAUUAACCAUAAGUGCUUCUCUGGUCCACACCUGAGUAAGGGGCGGAUUGCUGAUAUUCCCUGCUCUGUUGGACCGGGCCCAAUGGAUCUCGUGCUGAAGCAGGUCCUUAGUCUGCUGAUAAGCGUUGCCUACAAAUCUUCAAAGGCCUUAAAGGAGUUGGAAAUAGAUGGAGACCUGAAUCCAUACAUGGUGCAACAUGUACUCAAGGCUAAGUAUAAAGGAAAGAGCUAUAGUGGGGUUGUGGAGGUGUGUCAGAAGGAGGACCACAUGGAAGAAUUCCUCAGGAACAUUUGUGUGAAACUGGAGUGCUGCCCGUACUUAAUCAGUACGCUACAUGUGGCCAGGUCCUGCCCGGAAAAUUGUCAGCAGAUGACUAAGACAAAAUACAACUACAGCUAUGGAAGCAAGAAAAGGAAGCCUGCCGCUCUGCUAGCUUCAAAGCAAGCUGUCAAGAACUCCAUCAGCAAGCUCUUGAAGAAAGGCCGCAAGAAGAAAACAUUCCUCCUCACGCGUAAAAAGGGCAGUCGACACGAGAGGGGUCCAGUGGGACUGUCAGGGGUUGGAAGACCAGCACUGGGGCACCACAGGGAGAGGAAUGGCGAUUUCCUGGAUGAGGGGUUUAUAGACGGGGAUGAGGAUUUUGGUGUGCGCAAGAGGAAGCAUUCCCGGGCCCUGUCCCAGUAUGAGAUUCAGACCCGUGGGGCUAAGCUGCCGAAAUACAGCUUUGAGAAGAAAACUCACAGAAAAAUAUAUGCCUCUGAGCGUUACGCCUCAUCAAAUUGUAGUAGUCAUUCUAAGCCAUAUGUGAUGUACCCACAUGUACAGAGAUUACGACCUCGUCCAGACUCCCUGAAACUGGACAGUAACCCGCUAUACUGGUCGGUGGAUCGCUUGGUCCAGUUCAUCAAAUCAACAGACUGCUCACAUUUUGCCAGAAUCAUAAAAGAACAGGAAGUGGACGGUCAGGCGUUUCUCCUUCUGGACUUGUCCACAGUUCAAGAACACCUGGAACUCAAGCUGGGACCUGCCGUCAAACUGUGCCACCAGAUUGAGAGACUUAAAGUUGCUUUCUACGAAAACUAUGCGUAGACAUUGAAUGUGUACUCAUACUAAAGUUAAGAUUACUAGUGCAGGAUGUGUAGCCUUAUAUGAGAACUACACAUAAGUGUUAAAUGUGUUACACAUACUACAUAUGGUUCAGAAUUGAAAAGCUGGAAGUAUGUAAUGCCUUCUCUCUGGAUAUAUGUAUAAGAAACUGUUCAAUUUUCAAUUUGAAGAAGUGUUGACUGCCACAUUUUUCAUGUUCAUAUUGACUGUUCUGACCAGAAAAUGUUCUGAGUGUGCUAGAUAAUGAUUCAAAAAAGUGUUUGAACUUGACUGUUAUGUUUUCAUGUUUCAAAACUGUUUGCUGCUUACAUGUACAUGUAACUGUCUGUUGAAAACAGAAAUGACUGUUGACAGCCACCUUUUCCAUUUAAAUAUAAUCUGUGAAUGUAGUUUUAUUGUAAAAAGUCAGAUUAAAUCUAGUUUUUAUAAUCAAUCUUAAAAUUCUCAAUUAGUUUUGCUCAAAGCCUUCUUCUUUUACAUGUUUAUGUUAUUGUGAUGAAAAUUGUAUGUGCAUGCUGUUUAUGUUAUUCUCGUGACAAUCUUGUCAGUUCUAUUCUAUAAAAUUAUCCUUUUUUUUUACAGUUUAUGAUUUCAAAAGAUCAUUCCAAACCUUUAAAUGACAAUUUUAUUGGCUUGUAAAGAUGAAUACCAUUUCAAGUGAAAUGUAUAGAAAUAAAUGCAUACAUGAUUUUAAAUGUUCGCGGUAUCAUGAUCGAUAUAUUUAGAAUUAUCACAUGAUUACACUCAUAUGAUAAAGCUAAGCCAGAAAUAGGAAACACUAUCUUAUAACCAAAAUUUAGGUGACACCUUAUUAAUUUGAAAUCAAAACUGUUUCAAUGAUAUUUAGUUUUAUUAGCUCACCUGUCACUUUGUGACAUGGUGAGCUUUUGUGAUCGCCUUUUGUCCGUCGUGCGGGGUGCGUCGUGCGUCGUCCGUCAACAAUUUACUUAAAAGACAUCUCCUCCUUAACCGCUGGGCCAAUAUUAAUAAAACUUCAUAGGGAUGUUCCUUGGGUGGUCUUCUAUCAAAGUUGAUCAAAGAAUUCAAUUCCAUGCAGAACUCUGGUUGCCAUGGCAAACAAAAGGAAAAACUUUAAAAAUCUUCUUCUCCCAAACCACAAGGCUUAGGCCGUUGAUAUAUGGUAGGUAGGAUCACCAAAUGGUCCUCUACCAAGAUUGUUCAAAUUAUGGCCCUGGGGUCAAAAUUGGCCCCGCCCCGGGGGGUCAUGGGUUUUCUCUAUAUGUUUAUAGUGAAAACUUAAAAAAUCUUCUCCUCUGAACUUACUUGGCCUAGAGCUUAGAUAUUUGGCAUGAUUCAUCGUCUAGUGGACCUCUACAAAGUUUGUUCAAAUUAUGGCCCUGGGGUCAAAAUUGGCCCCGCCCCGGGGGGUCAUGGGUUUUCUCUAUAUGUUUAUAGUGAAAACCUUAAAAAAUCUUCUCCUCUGAACUUACUUGGCCUAGACCUUAGAUAUUUGGCAUGAUUCAUCAUCUAGUGGACCUCUACAAAGUUUGUUCAAAUUAUGGCCCUGGGGUCAAAAUUGGCCCCGCCCCGGGGGGUCAUGGGUUUUCUCAAUAUGUUUAUAGUAAAAACUUAAAAAAUCUUCUCCUCUGAAAUUACUUGGCCUAGAGCUUAGAUAUAUGGCAUGAUUCAUCGUCUAGUGGACCUCUACAAAGUUUGUUCAAAUUAUGGCCCUGGGGUCAAAAUUGGCCCCGCCCCGGGGGGUCAUGGGUUUUCUCUAUAUGUUUAUAGUGAAAACCUUAAAAAAUCUUCUCCUCUGAACUUACUUGGCCUAGACCUUAGAUAUUUGGCAUGAUUCAUCAUCUAGUGGACCUCUACAAAGUUUGUUCAAAUUAUGGCCCUGGGGUCAGAAUUGGCCCCGCCCCGGGGGGUCAUGGGUUUUCUCUAUAUGUUUAUAGUAAAAAAAAAUCAAAAAUCUCCUCUGAACUUACGUUGCUUAGAGCUUAGAUAUUUGGCAUGAUUCAUCGUCUAGUGGACCUCUACAAAGUUUGUUCAAAUUAUGGCUCUGGGGUCAAAAUUGGCCACACCCCGGGGCUGAUGGGUUUUCUCUAUAUGUGUUAUAGUGAAAACUUAAAAAAUCUUCUCCGAACUCACAAAGACAAGUAACAUCUUAAUUUAAACUGGAUAACAUAUUUAGUACACAUACCAAUUUUCAAUAUGGGCCACAUACAACAAUUAAUAACAAAUAUACAUAUAUAGAUACACACGUAAAAUCAAGUAGUGACAAGAGCUUAGAUAUUUGGCAUGAUAUAUCAUCUAGUUGACUUGUACCAAUAUUGUUCAAUCUUUGGCCCUGGGGUCAAAAAAUGGCCCCACCCGGGCGGUCAUGGGUUUUCUUAUAUAUGUAUAUGAUGAAAACUUAAAAAAUCUUCUUCUCCGAAACCAAAAGGCGAAGGCCUUAGAUAUUUGGUAUGAAGCAUCGUUUAUCGGACCACCAUUAAGAUUGUUCAAACUUUAGCCCUGGGGUCAAAAUUGGCCACGCCCCGUGUUCAUAGGCUUAGGUUUUCAAUAUUUGUAUAUAAUGGAAGAAUGUGCAAUAUAUGACAGGUGAGCGAUUCAGGGCCAUUUGACCCUCUUGUUUUGAAUUGUAUGGAUGCAUUAUUUGGGACUUAUGUGACUCUAUUUUCUAUUGUUGUUGUUAUUUAGGCUGACUGUACAAAUGUUAUCACCAUCCAAUGUUCUUGUCAACAUUUUCUAGUCUUUUGUUGAAUCAUGGCAGAAUGUUUGAAAUGAAAAAGUAUGAGAACAAAAAACAUUGAAUCAGGAUGUCUUUUCUGGUUAUUAUUAUUCUUAUUCUGAUUCUUAUGUGUGGCAGAGAUAUUUGGAACUUCAGGCCAACAAAAAAAAUCUUUGUUUCCAUUAACAUCUCCAGAAAGUUAGGGUAGGUAGGUAGGCAUAACUUUUUUUUCCAUUUUUUUUUUUUUUUUUUUGGAGAACACAUUCUGUACUAAACCGACCUAUAUCAGGGUAUAUCACUAUUGUAAAAAAUCUAAACAUAAAAUUGUCAAUUUUAACAUGUUCACUCACAUGCACAUACUUUUGAGGAAAAUACGGGAAAAAUGUCCACACUAUGGAAAGAAGUGUAGGAUCAGGAGGCAAAAUAAAGUCGGUCAGGUUAGUGGAAAUGGAGAUUUUUUUACAUGCCUCAUUCAACUUUCAAAUGUUUGUGUUGUGUCUGAUUAUGUUCAUUUCAAACCAUGUUUGAAAGUGCAGAUUGCCACUUUCAGUUAUACAUUGCAUAUUAAGAGAUUAAAAACAAUAAUUUGUAUAUCUUGUAAAAAACUUGGAUUUUCAAAGUAGCUGUUCAUUAAACAUCGGAAUAUAUUAGGUUGAUUUGUAUAUGUCAAACAUAAAUGCAGGUCAUGAAAUAAACUUUUGAGGUUAUUA